CAGACUUUCUCAGACAAUACUGGCUUCCUAGUGACCGUUUUCUGUGCCUUGGGGGUGUUCACUAUACUCUUCAUACUGGUGUGCAUAGAAACUGUGCUGCAGAAGGGUAUGAAGUUAUUAGCCGUCAUCAUCUGGGGAUGCUUGGUAGCCAUGGGCUAUGCGUUUAUUUUCACAAGCGGUGUUGUUACUCCAUGGGACCAGGUUUAUUGGACGUUAUUUGUGACGAUUAGCCUGUACACCAUGCUCCCAUUAUGUAUGACAGGGGCGAUCGUUGCUGGGCUUACCUGCUCAGUGUCACAUAUCAUCGUGCUUAGUGUCUAUGUGUCAUCAUCCACUAAGCAGCCUGCAGGGGAUUUUGCCUUACAGAUGAUAGCUGAUGCCAUCAUUUUGCUAUGUGGAAAUGUGGUGGGCGGUUAUCACAAGCGUGUCACGGAGAGUGCAUUAAAGGACACUUACCAUGAAGCCAUCAACUUCAUUCAUUCCAGACGUAAGCUGGACUCUCAGGAGAGGCAGCAGGAACAGUUGUUACUUUCCAUCUUACCACAGUAUAUCGCAACAGAGAUGAAAGAAGAGAUCAUAGAGCGGCUGAAAGAAAAGAGACCGCAGCAGGAGAGUACCAAUAACUUUCAUAAUCUGUAUAUCAAACGGCACAAAGAUGUAAGUAUCCUGUAUGCAGACAUUGUUGGUUUCACGCUCCUGUCAAGCGAAUGCUCCCCAAAAGAGUUGGUCCUCAUGCUGAAUGAGCUUUUUGGAAAGUUUGACCAGAUAGCGAAGGAAAAUAACUGCAUGCGCAUCAAGAUCCUGGGCGAUUGCUAUUAUUGUGUGUCAGGGCUGCCAGAAUGCUUGCCAGACCAUGCCAAGAACUGUGUGCAGAUGGGUUUAGACAUGUGCCAGGCAAUCCGGAAGCUGCGCAGGGCUACAGGUGUGGAUAUUAACAUGCGUGUUGGAGUACAUUCAGGAAAUGUAUUGUGUGGAGUAAUCGGGCUCCAAAAAUGGCAAUAUGAUGUCUGGUCACAUGAUGUAACUUUGGCCAAUCAUAUGGAAGCAGGAGGUGUUCCAGGGAGAGUUCAUAUAACAGAAGAUACUCUCUCCCAUCUUGGAGGUGAAUAUGAAGUAGGAGAUGCAACUCAUGUGCAGAGGGACCCCUACCUUAAAGAAAAUAACAUAAAAACAUAUCUGGUUAUUGACCCUAGGGCUAGUGAUGACAGUGAGGAAGAUGACAUAUUGCCAAGCAAGUCUGCUGAGGUCACCAAGACAAGGGCAUCUGUUCGCAUGACACGUUAUCUGGAAUCUUGGGGGGCUGCUAAGCCAUUUGCUCACCUUAACCACAGGGACAGUCUGAUACCUGAAGCCCUGAGUUCCUCGCGCAUUAUGGAUCUCCCAAUGUCUUCUAUGCCUACAAACCGGAGUACUGACAAAUCUCGUCCAAAGGAGUCAAAUGAGCCAACCAAUGAGAACUUCUUUAAUGUGUUGGAGGAGCUGAACUCCUUAAGGCAGGAAGAAAUCUGAUGAUUUUAACCGGGUCACUCUCUAUUUCAAUCAGAAAGCUGUAGAGAAAGAGUAUCGGCUAUCUGACCUACCAUCAUUCAAAUAUUACACAGCCUGCUGCUUCUUCAUCUUUACCUGCAACUUUGCUGUCCAGAUGUUGGUGUCUCCCAAGAACACCGCUAUUGGCAUCUCCUAUGGCAUUUCUUUCUUCCUUUUCCUACUCUACCUAUUUACCUGCUUUGCUGGACAUCUGGCGAAAUGUAUCCUCAAAGGACCUCAGAUCUUGCACUGGGUUCCCUCUCUCUCUUCUGCAGUCUCCAGCCAGCCCUGGUUUAGAGUGCCCUUUGGAAUCUUGACUAUUCUUACGGUGUUGUUUAUGGCAGUAUUCAAUCUGUUUUUUCUACCUGAUGGGGCAUGUCCAGGAAUCUCAUUAAAUACAUCUGUAACUCCAGUCAUUUCAACAGUAUAUAGCCUGCCGUAUUACAUGUAUUGCUGUAUUCUGGGGCUUCUGGCUUGUUCUGCCUUCUUGCUUAUGAACUUUGAAGUCAAACUGAUCCUUCUCAGCAUUGCCCUGGUGAUAUACAAUAUCAUCUUCUUGUACACUCACAGCUGGUUGUCACACUGUUACAUUGAUUGGCUUACUGCAAAUCAGAACAUCUCCAGGCCUGGAGUCCUAAAAGAGCCACAGAUUAUGGGCAGUAUUGCAUUAUUUAUCUUCUUUUUCACUCUCAUUGCCCUGGCCAGACAGAACGAAUUUUAUUGUCGUCUUGACUUUCUGUGGAAAAGGAAGUUUAAAAUGGAGCGUGAACGUAUUGAGACCAUGGAGAAUCUGAACAGGGUCCUACUUGAAAAUGUUCUCCCUGCUGAUGUAGCUCAGCAGUUCAUUGGGCAGAACCUUAGGAAUGAGGACCUGUAUUACCAGUCCUAUGACUGUGUCUGUGUCAUCUUUGCAUCCAUACCUGACUUCAAGGAAUUUUACACUGAGUGUGAUGAAAAUCACGAGGGCCUAGAGUGUCUAAGGCUACUUAAUGAGAUAAUAGCUGACUUUGAUGAGCUACUCUCCAAGCCAAAGUUUAGCAGCGUAGAAAAAAUAAAGACCAUUGGCAGUGCGUACAUGGCAGCGACAGGAUUAAAUGCCACAUCGGGACAAGAAAACCCUCAGGAUGGAGACAGGAAUUAUAAUCACAUUGGCAUCAUGGUGGAAUUUGCUACUGCAUUAAUUGGAAAACUUGACGUGAUCAACAAGCAUUCUUUUAACAACUUCAAGCUUCGCAUAGGUAUUAAUCAUGGACCUGUAGUAGCCGGGGUGAUAGGAGCACAGAAGCCACAGUACGACAUCUGGGGGAACACUGUCAAUGUGGCAAGUCGUAUGGACAGUACUGGGGUACUUGGCAAAAUCCAGGUCACAGAAGAAACCAGUAAAGUACUUCAGAAGCUGGGAUAUACUUGUGAAAGGCGAGGGGUCAUCAAGGUCAAGGGUAAAGGUCAACUCUGUACCUAUUUUGUCAUCACUGACAUGGCACGAUCCAAUUCCCAGGGAAACGUUCUAAAUUAA